AUACACUCACAAUUUUUUCAAGAAUCAGCAAUGGCGGACAGCUUUGACCAAGACGCCCUGAGGCCCUUGACCAAGGAGGAGUUCAAUGCCUUCCACAAUAUCGACCGCAUCAUGUUCUUCAGGCUUGUAUUCAACCUCCAGCGCGACCCCGGUGAAUCAAUGAAGGUCAUGGCUUUCCUACUUUGGCUGGAACAAACAAAGCAGGCUUGCAACUUGGUAUACGACACUUUGCCAUGGCCCAAUUCCCUUGUAAAUGCUUUAGCCAACGAGGUCGUCCUGUGCCUGCAGUGCAUAGAAAGUAUCGAAUUCCCUUCAGCCUUAAACGGUGUCCACAUUCCCUUGAUUCAUAAAAUGACAAAAGGCGGGGUUUCCCUCCGAUUCUUUCACGACGACCGUCUCUGCAUAAUUCAUGGGAUCAAGAAAAUUGUUAAUGAAGUUUGUCUCAGAGCGUUUGAGGAUAUAAUGGAGCAAGUGAAACAGAGUAAAGCAAAGUCGGUUGUUGAAGACAUAGAAGGACAGGGUAUGAAUCCCCUGUUUCAGGAGGUCCCGCCUGUUGUGCCUGGGGUUGUGAACUAUGGGACUACCGUACUCGGAACUGUCCAACAGGAACCGGGGUUCGUUACGGCUGGUGUCGAUUCAAAGUCCGUCGAACUCGAUGUUUAUGACCUUGUCGUUCAGAGAAAGGUUAUGAACGGUGAAGUCGGGGAGGACAUGAACCGUGUCAGUAAGACUACCGGCGAGAAAGAGAAGAGGGAAGUAGAAGAUCCCGCUGAUGAGAGGACGAUUUUCUUGACAUUUUCCAAAGGGUACCCAAUUUCAGAGAAAGAAGUCAUAGACUACUUUACAAGGAAGUUUGGGGACUGCAUUGAAGCAAUUCACAUGCAAGAAGUACCAGUGGAGAAGCAGCCGCUAUAUGCACGGCUGGUGGUGCAGUCUCCUUCUUCCCUAGAGAAGAUACUGGGCGGCAGGUACAAAGCCAAUUUCUCCAUUAAUGGGAAGCAUCUUCGGGGCAGGAAGUAUAUGCCUGAAAAAGCAAAGUUCACAGGGCCUUCAAUGUCGCGAUCCGCUUCAUCAACUGCAUCUUAAACUUCAAUAUCUCACUUUGUUGGAUUGGAGAAGGGAUUUUUUAGUAAAUAACUAGUAGUUAGGAACUGGAAAGCAAUAUAACAGUGCUUUUGUU